AUGGAUCCGGAUCCGGCUACGGAGCGAGAUGAGUCCUUUUGGGCACCGGGGACCGUCACCCUCGAGGACUUGCAACGGUCGACGGAGAAUGCCAUCCUGCAUCCCAGGCCGACGACCGACCCCAACGAUCCCCUCAACUGGUCCACCAAGCGCAAGAUGCUCAACUUCGUCCUCGUCAACGUCUACGUCUUCUUCAGCUUCGUCCAGCUCGACAUCUUCUACACCGCCCCUGGCAGCACUCAACACGGCCGCCGCCCCGUGUACAUUCUCAGCACCGCCCUGCAGCUGGCCUCGUGCAUCUGGCUGGCCGUCACCCGCAAUGUCGGCGACCUCUACGGGGGCAACCUCCUGUCCGGCCUCAGCGGCGCCAUCUCCGAGACGAUUGCGCAAAUCACCAUUGCCGACCUCUUCUUUGUCCACCAGCAUACCGCCAUGAACGGCUGGUACCUCCUGGCCCUCUUUACCGGCUCCUACCUCGGCCCCGUCGCCGCCGGGUACAUCGUCGACAGCCAGGGCUGGCGCUGGAUCUGGUGGUGGUGCGUCAUCUUCUUCGUCGUCAACGUAGUCCUCAUCGUUGUCUGCUUCGAGGAGACCAAGUACGUCGGGCCAAGUCACGGCAGCUCCUCCGGGCGGGACGCCGACGAGCCCAGCGACGUCGGCCUCGCCACGCUGCAGAGCAACACCAAGGACGACGGCGAGAUUGUGCCCACGCAGUCCAUGGGCCACAUCGAUCCGUCCAUCCCCAUGCGCCCGUACCGCGAGCGCCUCGCCCUCAUCACGCCCACCAAGGGCUCGAUUCUCUUCGACCUAUACAACCCCGUGGCGACGUACCUCUUCGACCCGCCCUACAACUUCUCUGCCGCCGGUGUCGGCCUCAUGAACGUGGCGCCCCUUACCAGCGCCUUCCCCGCCAUCUACGUCGGAGGCCAUCUCAACGACAAGUCCAUCAUUUGGCUGUCGAAACGCAACGGCGGCGUCUACGAGCCCGAAAUGCGCCUGUGGGUGGCGCUGAUCGCAGCCAUUGUCACCCCGGCAGGCAUCUUGAUGUUCGGGCUGGGCAUGGCCAACAAAGCUCACUGGGCCAUCCUCGCCGUCGGAUGGGGCGUUUACGGCUUCGGGCUCAUCGUCGCCUGCGACAGCAGCCUUUCCUACGCCAUGGACUGCUAUCAUGCCGUCAUUGGAAAUGCAUUGGUGGGCAUCGUCUUCACUCGAAACGCCGUCUCGGGCAUGAUCCUCUAG